CUACAGUUCAGGGUGCUGGCUCAGCUUGUGUUCAGUUGUUGUUUAUUUUCUGUAGCAGCAGGUCUCUAGCCUGUUUUCUUUUUCCAUGCUGGUUCUGGGCUCUCGCCACCCUCAGUCCAGCACAUACUGACAGUCUCGGGCCGCAGGGGGGAAAAGAGAAGUGUGCUCUUUCUUGUACACACAGAAAGAGGUUUCUCUCCUUUAAUGCUUCGUGUCACAGUAAGGCCACAAGUUCGAUACUUUUAUCUACUUGGUAUGCCUUUAUUUCAUCUCUCCACAUUCUCCUUCUCAAAGAGGAAGAAAAGACUGAAGUGAUUCAGUGAUAACUGCAACUGUUCCUGCUGAAGCAGCUGUAAUGCUAUACACCUCCAAGUAUCUGACCACUUGUCACUCUCAAGCUUUUGCAGUUUAAGGACAUAAAGUAGGAAUAAGUUAGUCUGGAUGGUUUUUAACCCUUCCGUUAGCAGUAGGAUAAUGGGUGGCUACUUCAUAGAAGUACAGGGAUGGUUUGUGAAUACUUUACCACCAGGUAAAUUAAGAUGUGCAUUUGUGUCUUGUUAGUUACUCUGUGGUAGUAGCUGCUUGUGUUUAUGUUUCCACCCUUUUGCUUUCAAAUUCCCUCUGAAGCUGUCUUGUGCCAGCGGUGAGAUAAGACUGUGCAGGUGAGCAGCAGAGAUGGUAAACUAGGGGAUGGAAUUAGGCUGCAAUAACUGUCUGGGUAGCCUUAAAAAUGGAUCGUGUUUGAUCAUUCGUGUCCCUCCUGCAGUCCUGAGCUAUGGUCUGUAAGGCUGCCCUGCUCCAGUGCUUUGCCAAGUUGGAUUUGAAUGUUCCAAGCUCCAACUGUGAUAGGUUCUCUCCAUCCUGAUGUGUCCUGGUGUUCACAUGUUUUCCCUUUCAAGGGAAAAGGUGAUUUCUGUCACUGCGUUGAUAGAGGUGUGUCAGUCCUGGCAUGGCUUAGCCUCUAUUGUUUAGUUGGGUGGGGUGGGAGAAAGAGGAGAGGAGAUACAAGUGGGUAAUUGGAUUCAGGGAUGAUUGUGCUGCUGUGGUAGGUUUUGCUGGAUGAAGCAGCUUGUUGCGAUAGGUGUUUGUUUCAGGUUCUGUGUGCAGGUGUGACUUGGCUAGAUAAGGAUGCUCUGUCGCGAUGAUUUCAUUGUUUGAUUUGGCUGGACUGGGUGGAGAAUGUAGUUGCAUUGUUUGGGACUAGCUUUGUAGUUUGGUUUUGUUGAAGUGGAUUACAUGGCAACGCAUUGCUACAUUAUUAGGUGAAGCUGCAGUAGAUAAUAGUUGGAGAACGUUGGAGGGAAGAGAAUAUGCCCAGGCUUUCACAAUGUGUAACUAAUUGAGCCUCGCAACAGCUCCUGUGUUCCUGCUGGAAGAUCUGGUCAGCAGAAUGCGUUGGGAUUAUGAAAACCUCUGGUAGUGAUUUCAGUUUGCAGUUGUUCUUUAACUGCAAGGCUGGCUGUGCUGUGUAAAUAGCUGAGAGUGCUCCAAAAGCCCGUGCUGGCCCCAGCAGUGGGAACGUUGUCUGCAUUCAAUUCUUGCAGCCUCUCCAGUGUUCAUAGUGUUCCGGUGAGGCUGAAGCUGGCAGGUAGCUGCUCUCUCUGUCUUUACUGACCUCAAAUUUACCAUCGAGCUAUUCCUCAGAGUACCCGUUUCCUUGUAUUACUGAACUUGCACUUAAACUUGCUUUAACGUGUGAAUGAGCAUUGCUGCAGGGCUGUCUCCGCUCCUGAAAGUGUGGCUGAUCAGUUCCUGGGCCAUGGACUCUUUUGGCCUCAUAGGAAAUAACCUUAGUGCAAGGUGUGGUUAUCCCCUCUCUCGCAGGCAAACUCGCAGCAUGUCUUACUUGGGAAGGUUUGCAGUUGGGUUACCUUCUCCCUGUAGUGUAGCACAAUGAUGUGAAGUAGGAGCUGCCACAACAGUAGUGCUUCUUCCUUCCAAAAGCUGCCUGGUUUUCCCCUAGAUCUGAUUGCCUGGCUUUACCUGAUACUUGGUGUUUCUAUUUAUGCAUUGUCUGACUGUGGAGGAGGCUGUGUAUACGAAGCACAGGGGUUUGGCAGACGUUGCUGGGCACAGUGAGGGGAAGGUGAUCAUUUCUUGUGAGACGAGUGGUUCGCAGCUCAUGGCCUCCACAAUGAGUACUGCCGUGUCGUGACACCAGGGGUCUUGUGUGCCCUGGAGAUGCGAGACUUCCCCUGGGCAGCAGGAGGCACGCAUCUAGAGAAUGCUGGAGCUGCAGGAGGGAAGCACCCAGUGCAAAACCAGAGAGGAGCAAAGAGAAAAAAGGCAAGCAGAGAGCCGGCAUUGAGAGAAGCGGGUGGCAGAAAGUGCUGCAACGCUGCCUCUGGCGGCACGCUCCCAGAGGAACUUGACGAGAGCCCAUCUGCGUGCGUGUGAGACUGUGAGCUCAGGAUUCCUGUCAAUGCAUUCCAGUAACCCCAAAGUGAGGAACUCCCCGUCAGGCAACACACAGAGUAGCCCCAAAUCAAAGCAGGAGGUGAUGGUCCGUCCCCCUACAGUGAUGUCCCCGUCUGGCAACCCCCAGCUGGAUUCCAAAUUUUCCAACCAGGGCAAACAAGGGGGCUCAACCAGCCAAUCCCAGCCCUCUCCCUGUGACCCCAAAAGUGGAGGUCACCCCCCCAAAGUGCUCCCUGGCCCAGGAGGGAGCAUGGGGCUGAAGAAUGGGGCUGGAAAUGGUGCCAAGGGGAAGGGGAAGAGAGAGAGGAGCAUUUCAGCAGACUCCUUUGAACAGAGAGAAGCCGGGACUCCCAAUGACGACCCUGAAAUCAAAGACUGCAAUUCUGCUGAUCAUGUGAAAUCCCAGGAGUCUCAGCACACACCACACUCCAUGACACCUUCAAACGCUUCAGCCCCAAGGUCUUCCACACCUUCCCAUGGCCUGACUGCCACUUUGGAGCCAGCAAGUGGGCAGAAGACUCCGUCUAAAGUGGUUUAUGUCUUUUCUACUGAGAUGGCCAACAAGGCUGCAGAAGCUGUGCUGAAGGGACAGGUGGAAACCAUUGUGUCCUUUCAUAUCCAGAACAUCUCAAACAGCAAGGCGGAACGAAACACUGUACCCUUGAACCCCCAGAUCACUGCACUUCGGACUGACCCCAAGCCCCUGCCGCAGCCUCAGCCUCCUGCUGCCCAGGACCAGAACCCUCCCCAGAACACCAAAAUGCAGCCGACUCCACCCGUGUCAGCGCCAGUAUCCAAAUCCACUGGCCCCCCGUGCCCCAUAGAUCAGGACAGUCCCAGCGUGGAAAGCAAAGUGAUGUCUGUGGGCAGCCCUGCCAACUCUACCCCGUUGCAGACAGAAGGAUUUGGGCAGAGUUCGACCCCCAAUAAUCGAGCGGUUAGCCCGGUUUCCCAAGGUAGCAAUAGCUCCACUGCAGACCCCAAAGGUCCUCCCCAGCAGGUGUCUGGUGGGGACCCAUCCAGUUUGGGUGAGAAUCCAGAUGGACUGUCCCAGGAGCAGCUGGAGCAUCGAGAGCGCUCGUUGCAGACCCUGAGAGACAUACAGCGCAUGCUCUUCCCUGAUGAGAAGGAGUUUGCGGGAGGGCAAAGUGGGGGGCCACCUCCGAAUGCUGGGGUGCUGGAUGGUCCCCAAAAGAAACCUGAAGGGCCGAUACAGGCCAUGAUGGCUCAAUCCCAAAGUUUAGGCAAAGGGUCAGGGUCUCGGACAGACGGAGGGGCUCCGUUUGGCCCUCAAGGACACAGGGACAUGCCUUUUUCCCCAGAUGAAAUGGGGCCACCACCAAUGAACUCCCAGUCAGGACCUAUAGGGCCGGACCACCUGGACCACAUGACUCCUGAGCAAGUGGCCUGGCUCAAGCUGCAGCAGGAGUUCUACGAGGAGAAGAGAAGGAAGCAGGAGCAGGUGGUCGUGCAGCAGUGUUCCCUGCAGGACAUGAUGGUCCAUCAGCACGGGCCACGUGGAGUGGUCCGAGGCCCUCCUCCUCCCUACCAGAUGACCCCUGGGGAGGGCUGGGGACCUGGGGGUCCAGAGCCCUUUCCUGAAGGCAUGAACAUGUCGCACUCUCUGCCCCCCAGGGGCAUGGCCCCGCAUCCCAACGUGCCUGGGAGCCAGAUGCGCCUGCCUGGUUUUGCAGGAAUGAUGAACCCUGACAUGGAGGGCCCCAGUGUCCCGAAUCCUGCCUCGCGGCCGGGGCUUUCGGGAGUUAGUUGGCCAGAUGACGUGCCAAAAAUCCCAGAUGGCCGAAACUUCCCUCCUGGCCAGGGUGUCUUCAGCGGCCCUGGCCGAGGGGAGCGGUUCCCCAAUCCACAAGGUCUGCCCGAAGAGCUCUAUCAGCAGCAGCUGGCCGAGAAGCAGAUGGGCCUCCCUCCUGGCCUCAACAUGGAAGGUAUCAGGCCCGGCAUGGAGAUAAACAGAAUGAUUCCCUCCCAGAGACACAUGGAGCCUGGGAACAACCCCAUCUUCCCUCGCAUGCCGGUGGAAGGGCCGAUGAGCCCCUCCAGGGGCGACUUCCCAAAAGGAAUACCCCCGCAAAUGGCCUCUGGCAGGGAGCUCGAGUUUGGGAUGGGCCCUGGCAGCAUGAAGGGGGACAUGGGCAUGAAUGUCAGCAUGGGCUCCAAUCCACCCCUGGUCCCUCAGAAGCUGAGGGAGGCAGGAGUCGGGCCGGAAGAGAUGAUGAAGCUGCGCCCCGGCGUCCCGGAGAUGCUCUCCUCUCAGCAGAAAAUGGUGCCGCUGCCGUUCGGAGAGCACCCGCAGCAGGAGUAUGGCAUGGGUCCCCGGCCUUUCCUCCCCAUGUCUCAGGGCCCAGGAGUCGGUCUCCGAAAUCUCAGAGAACAGAUCGGGCCUGACCAAAGGACUAACAACCGGCUCAGCCACAUGCCGCCACUACCUCUCAAUCCCACCAGUAACCCUAAUAGCCUCAACACUGCUCCCCCUGCGCAGCGCAGCCUCGGCCGCAAGCCCUUGGAUAUCUCUGCAGCCGGUCAGGUGCAUUCGCCAGGAAUCAACCCCCUCAAGUCCCCCACGAUGCGCCAGGUCCAGUCUCCCAUGAUGGGGUCUCCCUCCGGGAACCUCAAGUCCCCUCAGACGCCCUCCCAGCUGGCAGGAAUGCUCGCGGGCCCCACUGCCGCAGCUGCCGCUGCCUCCAUUAAGUCCCCCCCUGUCUUGGGGUCUGCUGCUGCUUCUCCUGUCCACCUCAAGUCUCCGUCUCUCCCUGCACCUUCUCCCGGAUGGACUUCAUCUCCAAAGCCUCCUUUGCAGAGCCCUGGGAUUCCCCCGAACCACAAGGCGUCUCUCACGAUGUCCUCUCCAGCCAUGCUGGGGAACGUGGAAUCGGGUGGCCCACCUCCUUCCACGGUCAGCCAGUCUGCUCCUGUGACUCUCCCUGGAAACCUUCCCUCUAGCAGUCCUUACACAAUGCCUCCAGAGCCGACCCUCUCCCAGAAUCCCCUCUCCAUUAUGAUGUCCAGGAUGUCCAAAUUUGCCAUGCCCAGCUCUACUCCACUUUAUCAUGAUGCCAUCAAAACUGUGGCCAGCUCGGAUGAUGACUCCCCUCCAGCACGCUCCCCAAAUUUGCCACCUAUGAACAGCGUACCAGGAAUGGGCAUUAAUUCUCAGAAUCCUCGAAUUUCAGGUCCAAACCCAGUGGGUCCAAUGCCAACCCUUAGCCCAAUGGGAAUGACCCAGCCUCUUUCCCAUAACAACCAGAUGCCCUCUCCAAAUGCUAUGGGACCCAAUAUACCUCCUCAUGGGGUCCCCGUGGGACCCGGCCUGAUGUCACACAACCCGAUGAUGGGGCACGGUUCCCAGGAGUCUCCAAUGGUACCUCAAGGACGCCUGGGCUUCCCACAGGGGUUCCCUCCCGUACAGUCCCCUCCACAGCAGGUGCCAUUUCCACACAACGGGCCCAGCGGUGGACAAGGCAACUUCCCAGCGGGAAUGGGCUUCCACGGAGAAGGACCUCUGGGGCGUCCUACCAACCUGCCCCAAAGUUCCACAGAUCCAGCACUUUGCAAGACUGGAGGCCCUGGCGGUCCAGACUCCUUCACGGUUCUUGGAAACAAUAUGCCUUCGGUUUUCACCGAUCCAGAGCUGCAGGAGGUGAUCCGUCCGGGAGCCACGGGAAUACCUGAGUUUGACCUGUCCAGGAUUAUCCCGUCGGAGAAGCCCAGCCAGACACUACAGUAUUUCCCUCGUGGGGAGGUGCCAGGCCGCAAGCAGCCGCAGGGUCCUGGGCCUGGCUUCUCCCACAUGCAGGGGAUGAUAGGAGAGCAGACCCCGAGGAUGGGACUAACGUUGCCCGGCAUGGGGGGCCCCGGGCCAGUGGGAACUCCGGAUAUCCCUCUUGGGACGGCUCCAUCCAUGCCAGGUCACAACCCGAUGAGGCCGCCUGCCUUCCUGCAGCAGGGCAUGAUGGGGCCGCACCACCGCAUGAUGUCACCAGCACAGACGGCGAUGCCCGGGCAGCCCGCGCUCAUGAGCAACCCCGUGGCCGCCGUGGGCAUGAUCCCAGGCAAGGACCGAGCCCCCGCGGGGCUGUACAGCCACCCGGGGCCCGUCGGGUCACCCGGCAUGAUGAUGUCAAUGCAGGGCAUGAUGGGACCCCAACAAAACAUCAUGAUUCCCCCCCAGAUGAGGCCCCGAGGGAUGGCUGCUGACGUUGGCAUGGGAGGAUUUAGCCAAGGCCCUGGAAACCCAGGGAACAUGAUGUUUUAAGCUGCUACCAUAAGACUGGAUGUUCUGAUCCUUGUCAAGAUGAGAUUCCAAGUCCUGAGGGCUUUUUUGGGAGCUUCAGGAGUACAGUUUGGCCAUGCAAUAGGUGAAAAGAGACCAGAGGACGCUUUGGGAAAUCUCGAAUGUAUGGAAUUACCUGAGGAAAAAACAAAACAAAACAAAAACAAACAAAAAAAAAAAAAAAAAAAGGAAAAAAAAAAAUUAUUCAUUUUAACAGGUUGGUUUUUUUUUUUUUUUUUUUUUUUUAGAUUUAUUUUUUAAAAAUUAUUUUUGUGGACUUGGGUAUCCCGUGAGGCACCUGCUUUGAGAAUCUGUAGCUGUAUUUUGAGAAUUGCCAUUUGUCACAAGUUGCACCAUUCUCUGUAUGUUUACGUCCUUCGGACUGGCUUCUCCCAGGACUCUCGGUUAUUUUUGGGGUUUGUUUUUUUUUUUUUGUGUACUGUACUAUAUUGUAAAAGGGAUUUUAGCAGAGACUUUAGUCUUUGGGGUGAGAGGAGAAUGGGAUUCUAGGCUGUUUACUUUAGGUGGAGAAUCCAUCUUCAGAACUUCGGACUAUUUUCCUUCGACUCCAAUGUAUAGAAAAACCAAACUACGACCUCAGAGCAGAGUAUUAAUGAAAAGCACAAAAAAGGAACUUAAGUUCAGUGAGGGGAAUCUUUUAAAAGAAAUAAAUAAUAAGUUAAGGACAUAUUUUUCAAAUUAUGGCGUGCUGUCCAGCACCUUCUGUCUCUCCCUCCCACUCUUUAUUAAAUAGGCUUCUCUCUCUCUCCGUCCCCCUUCUGUCUCCUCCUAUGGCAGCUGCAAUACAUUGUGUUAUUUUGGGGAGUAAAUCUCGGAGAGCCUCUCCUCAUGUGGGGACCCUUCCCGCUUUUAGGAAGGGUCUGGACUUGGACACUGUUACAUCCUACAGUAGUCUCUCUCACUGUUUCCUAUUCUCCUUUUCUUAGAAGCCCCAAGUGAUUUUAUUAAUGUGGGAGUGGAACAGACACUAAAAGUUAUCCAGGAUUUUUUUUGUGGUUAUUUUUUUUGUUUGGUUUUUUUUUUUUUCCUCCCCAGCGUAAAACGUUCUGUGUAACCUCCAUUAAAUUUGGUACAAAACCACUCGCCAGGGCUGUGGUGUCAGAAAAAUAAAAUAUAUUGUUUCUUA